AUGGACGAACAUAGCAGCGACGCGCAAUGCGCGGGUAAUGGUCAGCGCGAGAAGCUGCUGGCGAUGGCGAGCGUCGCCAGCAAAAUGCAGGUCGCGUUCGGCGAAAUGGCGUCAGUUUGUCGGCUCGCUGCAGCCGGUGUGCACGUGCCCAUGGACAAACUCCUGCUGUUCCAGCUCACUGCUCCCCUCUUCGACCCUCUUCGCCUCGCAGCCCUGCAAUCCACACCUUCAACCGCUCCCGGAGCUGCGCCCGCCGCCGCGCCUGCUCCCGCCGUCCCCGAUCAGCCGCCCAUCCCGAUCCUGGAUUACGCCAGUGUUGCUGCUGCUGGCGCACGAGAAGAGGAGAGGAGAGAGGAGAGAGAAGAGGAGAUGAGAGAGGAGAGAGAAGAGGAGAGGAGAGAGGAGAGAAAAGAGGGAGACGAGCGAGAGGAAGGAGUAGAAGGAGAGGAAGGAGAGGACGAGGCAGUGGGAUUGGAGGGUACUGAGCAGGCAGAGGAGACAAGGGAUCGCAGGGAUGAGGAGGACGAGCAAGGCGAGCAGGACAAGAGUGGAGGAGGCAAGGGGGAAGAAUGCACCAAUGCGGCUGUGAGUGCAGGUGAUGGGAAGGACGUGGGCGGCAGUACUGAUGUGCCCCUGGGUGGUGCUGAUGAGGCAGAGGCGAGGAGAAGAGUCAGCGAGACCGUCAGGCAAGAUAAUGAGGACACGGGUGGUGAUGCUGCUGACGGCAAGCGCUCAAAGCGGAGGAGGGUGAAGAAAGUGCUGUGA